AUGGAAGUUCGAAGGCGAUCGUCGAAAGAGCCGUCCAGGAGAAUGCAUUACGAGGUGCGCCCCCGAACGCAGAGGACAGCCUCGUACGGAGCGGGUCUCUCCGACCCCAGCUCGCAGGGAGAAAACAUGGAAAUCUACUACAACGAAGCCAAGUACCUCAGCAAAGAACAAAUGAAGGCAUACAUACACAAAAUGAAAAAAGAAAUUAAAAACUAUAAACUUCGAGAAAUGAAUUACAAAAUCGAAAUAAAAUAUCUGAGGAGGAAAAUAGAGAGAUUAAAAGGGAUUAUACAGAAUGAUACAUUUUUUUUAAAUCAUCAGAGAGGGGGUUCCGUACGAAGUCACCACAGUGGGUUCUCCUUCAAGAGUGGCAUGAACAAAGUGAAUUCGGAAGACGGUACGCAUGCCGGGUGGUACAAAAGGGGCAACAUUUCGGAGGGAAAUUACCACCACAGAGGGUAUACGCAAAAGUAUGACAGUGCUCGCGAUGGUGGUCACCACGAUCGAAAUCGCAGCCACAGUUACAGUCACGGUCACGGUCGUAAUCGCAGUAAUAGUCGCAGUCACAGUCACAGUCGCAAUCGCAGUCGCGUCUUUGAGGACAACCGUUCUGAGGCGAAAUUUUCAAACGUGUCAAUAAGAAGCAUCAACGCGAGUAUACACAACAACAAGCGAAUAAACGUGCGGAAUUUUAAUGGCAGGUUUAGUGACACGUGCAGAAGGAGCGAUCACAAUCAGGUGACACACUUAGAGAAAGUACAGGCAGAUAAUAAUACCAGAGGAAGCAUGGACCGAUUCAACAGCUUGAAGAAGCAUUCGAGGGAUCACUCGAGAGACCACUUGAGAGACCACUCGAGAGACCAUUUCGUUCACACCGUUCCCAUGGCCAGGGAAGUAAAAAAAGAUAACCCCUGUGAAGAUCGCAUGUGUUUGGCAAUAAAAAGAGGCUCCGAUUCUUUCCGUUCCAAUAGAAGCUGCUCCUGUACAUCCAAAUUCAAGCUGAAAAGUCACCUCAUUUCGAAUAGCAAUCAUAUACGUAAUAUGUCUAGCGAUAUAAACAACACCAUUUCGAAGGACAUAAAAAAUUAUUACAGUUCCAAGCAGAGCAUACUUUCUGGCACUAGUCAGCAACUGCUUAAUCGCAACUCCUCAUCUGUUCAGAAAGGACCUAGUGGACGAAAGGAUGUGGAAUCGAAAACAGAUUCGUGUGGUAAACACAUGAGUAUAGAAAAACUUAGUAAGUUAACACCAAGAGAAAUAAAAAAAAAAAUCAAUUGCGAUUUUUUUGAUUAUGCUCAUCAUCAGAGAAUCCUUAGGAAAAAAUAUAUCUCACCUUAUGCGUUUAAACGGGAUACAAGUUUGAGUAGGAUGGCUAGCUGUGGUAAGGUCACGCAACGGAGUGGUUCCCAGGUGAAUGCAGCGGAGGAGAAAAAUGGGGAAGACAAUGGAGAACUGAGCGACGGCGGGGACUCCAUUAAAAGGGUCAAACUGUACUUGGACAAGCAGCGGGAGAAGAGGAACCCGCCCGCCGUUUCGACCGCCACGCCUAGCAUGCCUAGCACUAUGCUUACCGCUGCACCCACCACGCCUAGCAUGCCUAGCACUACGCUUGCCGCCACCCCCACUAGUGCGAAGAAGCAUGACGGGGUAUCAGCCAGAGGAGGGGCCAAAGCAGUUACCACGGGAACCGUCCUAAUCAGUAAGGAGAAAAAAAAGAGCGAGACAAACUCGAACGCCAAGGGGAGCCACACAGAGUAUCGAGAUGGAACCCAUUUGAAAACAAACCAAACGAAACAGCGACAAAACGUGUUAGAAAGUAUCAAGAAAAGCAUAGAUUCAGACAUUAAGGAAAAUUUUAAAAAGGAGUUAGAGGAGUUAAAAAGGAGGAAAGACAUACUAGUAUCCAAGCGAAGUGAUUACUGUGACCUGUCCUUCGGCAGUACCAGCAGCAGUGAUAGCAGCCGCGGUGGUAGGCGGCCCGCUGAAGGGGUGGGGAACCCAAGCAAAGGGGGAGCGCAGUGCAAAGCUGUGAAUAACCCUUUGAAAGAAUCGAGUAUUUUAAAUAUCUCCUUCAAUGACCUUGAUAAGAGAAUAAACAACUUGAAAAAUUAUUUGAAGAAUUCCAACGCGUGA